AUGCACACCAUCACCCCAAAACCACCGCUUCAACGUCACAUGUUCAUCCUUCUGAGACUGUUCCUAUUGAAAUACAAAGUCCAAGUGGGACGUAUCUCUCAACUGAACCGAUUGAUUGAAGACGUCCUCCCGGCUCCGGCAAUUGAAGAAUAUACAAGGACAUGGAUGAGGGUAAUUGAGGGUGCGGUGAGCGUGAUGAUGAGGGAAAAAAAAUACGACGACAGUCGUGAAAAACGUAAGAAUGGCUCCCAAGAGCUAAAACCCGAUCCAGCCAGUGGAGAUAUAAAUGGAAAGGUGGGGGAACGUCACAGGUCGAGACACGGGAGAGGUUCCAAAAAGACAGCUGGGUAUGAGGAUAGUUGGAGGGACAAGAUGUAUGGUGCCAAGAUAUGCUACAGUAGGGGGAAUGAACAACGAAGAGGAG